AUGGGAAAAGUCCCCGACGAACAACAAGAAGACACUGCCUUGAUGAUCUCCGCGAUGUUCUCCUCAGAAGUAAGUCCAGAAAACAUGUGGAGUCUCGACGUUCUCGGCAUCAAAGAUCCAAUUCAAAGGUUAUUAAAAGAAGAAUACCAGAAAGAAAUUCUGAAGAAAUUUCAAGAAACUACCAAGAUCAAUUCGACGGGAAAGUAUAAAGUGAUCCUGCCCUGGAAGGAGAACCACCCUCCGCUCGGUGAAAAUCGAGAAGUAGCAGAGAAAAGACUAGAGAACACACUAAAGAGAUUACGUGAUCAAAAUUUAUUUUAUGAAUACGAGAAAAUCUUCGAUGAGUGGCUGAAAGAAGACAUCAUAGAAGUAGUUCGAGAAGAAGAAACGAGUAAUUCAAGCUUCUACUUAUCACACCGACUCGUUAUCAAGGAAGGAAGUACAACUCGUAUUCGACCGGUCUUUGAUGCAUUAGUUAAAGGAAAAAAUCAACCAACUCUAAAUCAGUGCCUAGAAACCGGACCAAACUUCAUAGAACUCAUUCCAUCGCUGCUCUUACGAUUUAGAGAGAACAAAAUAGGCCUUAUUGCUGAUAUACGGAAAGCAUUUUUACAAAUCAGCGUAGCAUCUAAGGAGCACGGCAUCAUGAGAUUCUUGUGGAAAAGGACGCAAGGCCCGGACGAAUUUGUAAUAUAUCGAGUAGUCUUUGGAAUCGCCAGCAGCCCUUUUUUGCUAGGGACUACCAUUGCUCUUCAUUUAGAACAAACAUUAAUAGAAGCCAAAGAUGCCCACGAGAAGAGCAUCAUCCAGAAAUUGAAGCGGUCCUUCUACGUGGACAAUUGUGUUACCAGUACUGAUUCGGAAGAAGAAGCGAUAUUAUUUAAAAAGAAACCAAUUUCAAUUUUGGCCAAAGGUGGCUUCGAUUUAAGAGGGUGGCAAUAUUCGAACAGACUAGGUUCCAUCAAGGAGAUUCCAGUACUGGGGCUGGUUUGGAAUGUCAAGGAAGACAUAUUGAUGUUAUCGCCUACAACAUUGUCACAGAAAACUCCAAUCAAAGCUACAAAACGAGAAAUUCUAUCAUCUACACAAAAAAUAUUUGACCCUCUAGGAAUAACAUGUCUAGUACAACUCAUGCCUAAGUUGCUCCUUAAGAGCUUGUGGAACAAGAAUACCGACUGGGAUGUAGAAGUCGAGAACCACGACAAAGAAGCCUUCCUGCAAUGGCAACGAGAGUUAGAACAUUUACGUCACCUGAAGAUCCCAAGAUGGACCUUAAAGAAUAACGAAACCCUACAUCUUUUUGUAGAUGCAAGUCAGACAGCCUAUGGGGCGGUAAUCUUCGCCAGAAUCGAGCACAACAGCAAGAUAGAAGUGCACUUCAUACAAGUCAAAUCCCGAAUAGCUCCAAAAGAAAAGGCAACGAUCCCAAGAUUGGAACUAUUAAGCGCCUCGAUAGGAGCCAGGUUAAUGAACAACGUGAUUCAUCGACGGUCUUGGAUACAGAGAGAAACACAGUGGGCUACGUUCGUUUGGAACAGAGUUCAAAAAAUAUGCCAAUUAAGUAAUCCACAAUCUUGGCGAUACGUACUAGGAGAAAUGAACCCUGCAGAUCUGGUUUCAAGAGGCUGCAAAGCAAAACAACUUCUAGAAUCUCGCUGGUGGGAAGGGCCUUCGUGGCUCAAGCUCUCGCCAGAGUUAUGGCCAAAUGAAUUGUUCCUAGAAGCCUUUCGCAGGUUCGUGGCGCGGCGAGGAAGACCUGUGCAGUACACAGAUAACGGGACCAACUUCACGGGAGCCAGCCGAAAUCUUCAGGAAAUCAACUGGACGAAAGUCGAAGAAUACGGCUCAGUGGAGAAAAUUCAAUGGAUCUUCAACCCUCCCACGGCAGCUUGGUGGGGAGGAUGGUGGGAGAGUCUAAAAGAUCCGUAA